CGUUAUGUGCAUUAAUAGCUCCUCGCCGCGCCGGCUGACACAGCCCAGCAGCUGCCGGCGGCCGCCCCGCUCUCCCCGGGCAGCGCGGGGCUGGCGUUGGCAAACAUUCAGAUGCGCCAGGAUUUGGGGAGACCUCACGAAUCACCCACCGUUCUCCGCCGGGAGCAGCGGUCCAGAGCGCGAUGGACGAGAACAAACCCCUGAAGGUCCGGCUGACGUUCUCCGUGAUCCUGGUUGGCGUCUCGCUCCUGUUUGCGGCCGUGGUGACGGACCACUGGGCCGUGCUGAGCCCCAAAGUGACGGAAUAUAAUGCCACCUGUGAAGUGGCUCAUUUUGGGCUAUGGCGACUCUGUACAAAGCGGAUUUUUAUACAAGGACAAGGUCCCAAAGAGAAGGGCUGUGGGUCGAUAAGCCUGCCAGGAGAACGCAACUGCUCCUACUUCAAGCACUUCACUCCAGGAGAGAGCUCGGAGAUAUUUGAAGUAACCACCCAGAAAGAAUACAGCAUUUCAGCUGCAGCCAUUGCCAUCUUCAGCGUUGGCUUUGCAAUCAUCGGAACAAUCUGCGUCCUCUUCUCCUUCAGGAAGAAGAAGGACUAUCUGCUGAAGCCAGCGUCCAUGUUCUACACCUUCGCAGGUCUCUGCAUCAUCAUCUCUGUUGAGGUGAUGAGACAAUCCGUGAAGAGGAUGAUCGACAGCAAGGAGACGGUUUGGAUCGAGUACAGCUACUCCUGGUCCUUCGCCUGCGCCUGCGCCUCCUUCGUCCUGCUCUUCAUCUGCGGCAUCGUCCUCCUGCUGAUCGCGCUGCCUCGCUUCCCCCAGAACCCCUGGGAGACCUGCAUGGAUGCCGAACCGGAGCACUGAUGUUCCAGAAAAUAACCCACAAAGUGUUCCGAAAACACUGGAUCUCACUAUACAAUGAGUACUCCACUAACUAAGUCAUUACUGAACCAAGACAUGUUCCAUUGUAAUUAUAAGCUUUGUUUCUUUUCUUUUUUAAUUUAAGAACGCAGAGCAUUCAGCACCUGUGGGUCGCGGGUGAACGGCUUUGGGGAUGCCCGGUGCUGAUGCUGAUGGAAACUGUGUGUGUCAGCCAGCUGAUGCCACAGAGAAGACAACUUUCCUGGGGAGAUGUUUGCUGCCCUUGUGUGUAGAUCCGUGAGGGAUAAUGGCCUUUUACACCUCGCUUGGCCAGGGAGUCCAUUUCCCUGUUCACGCCGUGCUCCUCUACCCUCCUACAAAGGGUUUGCUCACCACUCUGGAAUAAAUUGGAGAUCCUCAUGCUAUUCUAUGAAAUUAAAUCAGGGGUAGGGUGGAGGGAGGAAGCCCCCAAAAUGAAAGAAAGAAAUAAAGACCCACAAGUUUUGCCUCGCAUUGUGAGAAAAAGUCCUCCUACAAAUUGACUCCCUGUGGGUCCGUUCCUUUCAAUUACACACAAAAAAACCCCAAGGUACAGUUUUUGUUCUGCUUAGACUUCGAUGGCAAAGCAGAGAAGUACUGAAUGUUGAGUGAUAUUUUCCUUUAAUAAAAAGCAUGAUUUUCUGGAAAAUUA